AGAGUAUAUUUGGGCUAAACUAGCCCAACACAAGCACUGAUGAACAGUUUAAGAAGGAUUAUUAGUCAUAGAAUUCUAGUAAGAUUAAUCCACACAGAGAAAUAUGCAUGCUCUCAGAUUUCUGGUUUUGGACUUACAUUUUUGCUUUGAUAUUAUAUGCUAAUAAUUCUUUAUUCCACCUACUAAGAAAGUACUCCAUCCAUCUAAAAAAAAUUUGCCAAGAAAUAAGUUCAAAUGUCAAACGGGGAUUUGGCCAAAAUCAACUGGCCUAAGCUUCUAGAUCUUUACAUGAUAAACUAUAUAUAAAAGAACUAUGGUUAGUUGGAAUACUUAUGCUUUUCUAAAUUGUGCAUAAGCUUUUCUGAAGACAAGUUAGACUACGAAAAGUCACAAUAAGAGACAAGAAUGUUCAAGCACUAACAUGUAAAAUUUGUCUCACCUCAGGUGACUUAAGAGAUAAUACAAAAAAUUGACUAUAGUAAGUGUGGGUUUAUAUUCUAAAAAAUUAAAUGAUGUAUGUAAUGUACUAGCUACAACCAGAUAAAUUACAAUAAUAAUGUAAAGAAAUGUGUAUAAACUUAUCUGUUCUGAUUUUAGACUUACCUCUAUUUCCAAAAUGUGAAUGUAUUUUAUCACUGUUUAUCUAGAGAUUGCUUGAGGUACUUAAGACAUUUGAAUCAGAAUUUGGUGUACAGUUUGGACUGGCAACUGGGUCGAUAACUUUAUGUGGACAGGCCUAUGGAGCAAGGCAAUAUUAGAGAGUUGGCACUAUUACUUGUGCUGCCAUUAUAUUUCUAUUAUUCGCGUGUCUGCCAGUUUCUCUUCUAUGGAUCUUCACUGGAAAAUUGCUUCUAUGGAUUGGCCAAGACCCAUUAAUCUCUGUUGAAGCUGGAAAGUACUCGAUUUAUCUCAUCCCAACUCUCGUUCCUUAUGCUAUUCUUCAGUCACUUGUUUGCUACUUUCAGACUCAAAGUUUGAUCAUUCCAAUGGUAUGGAGCUCAGUAGUGUCUCUAUGCUUUAACAUACCUCUCAGUUGGGCUUUCAUAUUCAAAUAUGAGUUAGGGACCGGUGGAGCUGCUUUGGCGAUUGGUUUAUCAUAUUCGUUGAACGUGAUUUUACUUGUGAUUUGCUUAAAGUAUUCGUCAACUUGUCAAAAGACACUUCCUUUUUUCUAGAAGGAUGUUUUCCUUGUUAUGCCGGAGUUCAUCCAAUUUGCUAUUCCGUCUGCUGCAAUGGUUUGUUUGAAAUGGUGGGCAACAGAACUAAUUCUGUUGUUUUGCGGAUUGCUGCCAAAUCCACAACUAGAGACUUCUGUCCUAUCUAUUUGCCUUACAACUACUUCAUUACAUUACUUUAUACCAUGUUCCUUCAGUACUGCUGCAAGCACUCGGAUUUCAAAUGAGUUGGGAGCUGGGAAUCCAAAAGCAGUUAGAAUUUCUAUUUGUGCAGUCUUCGCUCUAGCAACUGUAGAGUUCCUUCUGGCAAGUGCGAUUAUAUUUUGCUUGCGUAAUGUAUGGGGAUAUGCUUUCACACAUGAACAAGAAGUGGUGAAUCUUAUCGAAGAACUAACUCCUCUUCUCUGCCUCUCCAUCAUCCUGGAUAGCAUAAUAACAUUAUUAGCUGGAGUUGCAAGAGGAAGUGGUUGGCAACAUAUAGUGGCCUAUGUGAAUUUAGGAGCAUAUUACCUGAUUGGAAUUCCUGCCUCUUUGUUAAUGGGAUUCGUUUUGAAUUGGAAAGAGAAGGGCCUCUGGAGUGGAUUAAUCAUGGGGUCUGUAGUGCAAGCUAUUCUACUUUCUGUUGUCACUUACCUCACAGAUUGGAAAAAACAGGCCAAGGAAGCGAGAGAUAGGUUGUUUUGAUGGUAAAGUUCCUCCGGAUUCAACUGAUGCAUGAGGACAGAUGAGACUACACACGAGAACAAUCGGGGGUUUGGUUCUGAUACCAACAUGUACGUUUGAUGGCCAACUUAUUUGGUCAAAUAUACAUAUGAGAUUACAAGUUGUAAAGCUAAUAAGUAGUUCAAAACCGUGUAAAUGAAUCUGUUAUAUAGAAAAGGAAAGAUGGUCGACCAAAGACAUAUAUGUCAUUUCAUAAGAAUUCCAUUGUUGUAUUUUUUAAAUAACGCCCCUCCUUGCA